AUGACCUUAGCCCUCAGCCCUGAAACGGACCUGUCCCAUUCAGACCAUGUGUCUCUGGUCCAGUUAAAGCGGGUGUCCGUGAUGCUGGUGGACUGCGGCGGGACUCAAGAACAGCGAGGGAGGGACCGAGAGCAACCCAAUACCCGAAAAGAAUCACCUCCCGCACCUGUAGGCUCCCCAGUGUCCUCCUCCACCUCACAGACAGAGAAGUCUAGAAAACACUCCCACUCUCCCCUGUGCCCCGUGCUCACGCCUCAGCAGUCGACUCACACAGGAAAGAGGUCACAUUCCUGCUCCCAGUGUGACAAGAGUUUUAGUUCUAGCGGUAAUCUCAAAAGACACCAGAUCAUCCACACAGGACAAAGGCCGUACCAUUGUAAUCAGUGUGGCAAUAGCUUUCAUCAAAGGAACGAUCUCAAACGACACCAGCGCAUUCACACAGGAGCGAGGCCAUUCAGCUGCUCUAAGUGUGGCAGGAGUUUCUCUCGAGAGAAUAUUCUUAAACAACACCAGCUCACCCACACAGGAGAGAGGCCAUUCCACUGCACUCAGUGUGGCAAGAGUUUCACUCGAAGGUUUAUUCUUAAACGACACCAGCGCAUUCACACAGGAGAGAGACCAUUCCACUGCACUCAGUGUGGCAGGAGUUUCUCUCGAGAGAAUAUUCUUAAACGACACCAGCACCACACACAGGAGAGGCCAUUCCACUGCACUCAGUGUGGCAAGAGUUUCACUCGAAGGUUUAUUCUUAAACGACACCAGCGCAUUCACACAGGAGAGAGACCAUUCCACUGCACUCAGUGUGGCAGGAGUUUCUCUCGAGAGAAUAUUCUUAAACGACACCAGCUCACCCACACAGGAGAGAGGCCAUUCCACUGCACUCAGUGUGGCAAGAGUUUCACUCGAAGGUUUAUUCUUAAACGACACCAGCGCAUUCACACAGGAGAGAGGCCAUUCCACUGCACUCAGUGUGGCAAGAGUUUCGCUCGAAAGAAUGGUCUUAAACGACAUAAGAACAUUCACUCAUGAGAGAGGCCGUUCAGCUUUAUACAGAUACAUUUUGACCCUUAGGUGCAUAGAUAUUAAAUAAUGAUUUAGAAACAAUUUAGUGACAUCAUUCAUAGAUAGAUAGCUUAUUAGAUUGGUUUGUCUAUUCAUCCCGAUGGCACGUUUGUUCCGAAUGUAGCUUCUAGGAAGAAAUCGGACCACAAUUUAGGGUUAGCGAUUCAGUCGCAAGUCAAGUCUCAAAGCUCACCCGCAGCUUCCUACAAGUGAGUAGUCAGUGUACUGCUGUCAGUGUGGCAAGAGUUUCACUCGAGAAAAAACAACACCAGCAGCUCAUACACACAGGAGAGGGGGCACACAACAGCACACCAUCACAAAGUUCACUGUAGUGAGAUUUAUAUUGGAGAGAGGCUUUAGAGUGGUGGGAAUGUUGAAAAUGAACAUUCUAAAGAACACUUUGGUUAAUUGAAUUCCAUAAUCUUUAAUUGUUUUGAAUGGAAUUUGUUGUCAUAAUGUUGGCACGUUUAAAUUGGCUGUAGGGUGGUCAGGUUUAGUUGCCGUUGGACAGUGAUACGUCUUUUAGAAACAGUUUAAUUCCUGUAUAAAAAAAAAAUUGAAAUAAACAACCUGUUUGGCAAAGUUUUUCUAAAUGGUUAAUUGUGUAAAAUGAAUGAAUUAAAAAAUCAUUAAAUCACUGCAUGUGUAGGCUGAACAGUCUUAAUGAGGUAUGAAGUAUUCAAAAUGCCUUGCGAUGGUUGACAUUCGCCUAUAACCACAAAUAAUGGUGACUGCACUCUGUGAUCCUUCGGAAUGAAGAAAGUCCGCUACACCAGUAGCUCCCAAUAAACAAUUAAUUUAAUGUGACGUUUCGAGCAUUGACCCUUCAUCAUAAUCCCCUACAGAUUGAAGGCUCUCUAGAUGUGUGUGUGUGUACUGUAUGUGUAUGUGUUCGUGAGAGAGCAAGAGAGAGACAGAGCAGGAGAGAUAUCUUACGGGUCUUGGGUUGCUUUCGGUACAUUUGAUCCUUUGUGAAUGAAGAAAGUCGGGCGUUAACCCUUCAUCAUCAUCCCCUACAGAUUGAAGACUCUAUAUAUGUGUGUGUGUGUGUGUUCGUGAGAAAGCGAGAGA